AUGGGAUGCUGCAGCCUGAGCGCCAGGCAGGCUGGGUCUGCAGGAACAGGCCAGGAUGAGGUGGAGCUGCUGAAGACGGUCAGGACCAGAAAGUGGUCCAACUCAGAAGGCCAGAGUGAGGCAUCCCUCCAUCCUAAGGACCCUGCAAUCCUGGCAGAAACAGAAGAUGCAGAAGUACUGUGGGGAAGAACGCGGGAGGAACUAGUGAACUUGUUGAUCACACAGCCUAUCAGCGGCUGGGAAGGGAUGAACAUCCACUCUCUUGGGGAAAUUAUUUGGUCCUCCCUGGUUUUUCUGAGAAGUUAUUGCAUGGAGGAGAUGUGUGAAUGCUACAUUGUGCUGUCCUCCUUCCACUUGCUGAUUCUUUCAGUGGAUCGUACAAAGAAGGCAUUUGUUUAUGAGGGUCUCCUUCCUCUUGCUGGGAUGCGUCUGAGAGAGAUUGCGAGUGCAAUCAGCCACACAUUUGAAAUUUCUGGGUCCAUGAUAGAAUCCAGGCUCAUCUGCUGCCAGAAUUCAGCUGACUUCGACAUGUGGGUUCAACACCUCCAGCACCAAAUCAAGAUGGCAAACGCUCACUGCCCAGCCUGUCCCAACAAUAAUAUCUCUUUUCUGGACUCUGAGGAACGACUGCUGAUCCUGUUUCCAGAAGAUCUGCUUUUCCUCUCUGUGGAUGAGGACAGAACUGCAAUCACGUACAAGGGAAGACUCCCCCUAACUGGAAUCCAGGCAAAGGAGAAAUCUGCUCUGCUGGGCAGGUUACAGUUUGAAAUUACAGAGUCCUCACUCAUAUGGAGGCUGCAGCGGGACACAUCUGUGCGCAACACUGUUUUUAUCUACCGUUUCCUCAACGAACAAAGGCAACAGCGCUGGCUGCACGACAGAGGUUAA